CUUUACCUCUCUGUAGAAACUUUUCCUCUCUUUAGAAGCACAAAACGAAAGUAAAGCGCGAUGACUGGACACUGACAGCAGUGCAGUCGGUAACACUAGUGGGGACCAUCUACACCAAGGACUAUAACAAUAAAUUAUAAAUAACUAUAAAACGUUAGAGAGCAUCCACACUAGAGGAACGUUUAUCGUUCUACACCGAUCAACCCACUGGUCAACGCAUUCUACUGCACGCUCAAAGGCCUAUUAAUAAAGCGAUUCAACAACAUAAUUUUUUAUCAUAAGCAAUGGAUUCCACAAAUUAUAUCUCCAAACUGUUUGAGUAUGCUCAGAGACAAGGUCAGAUCUCUGACAUCAAGUUUGAGGAGGUUGGUACAGAUGGACCGGAUCAUCUGAAAACCUUCACUCUGAGGGUGGUGAUUAAAGGCCAUGCCUAUCCUAACGGGGUUGGAAAGACCAAGAAAGAGGCCAAACGGAAUGCUGCUAAACAUGCUCUGAUUGGCAUGAUGGAGACGACAGAGCAGAAGGAUGCAUCUGUUUCAUGUCCUCCGUCACCGGCUCCGUCUCCAGCCCCUCCUGUCCGAGCAGUUAUCUCCCAGCCCAAGUACGUGUCCUGGCUGAAUGAACACAGCCAGAAGAACAAGCUGUCUCUAAAGGCUUUGGAAGGAGCACGUGUUGGACCCAAUAACACUUCACAAUGCUGUAGGUAUGUGGUAGGUGAGAAAGAAUACCCAGAGGGCUUUGGGAACACGAAGAAGGAGGCUAAGGAGGAAGCAGCAAUGCAGGUCUAUCUGGAGUUAUGUGGCGGUAGUCAGACUACAGGGACUGUCGACGAAAACUGCAAUGGCACUACUGGAAAACACAAGGAGGAAUUGAAUGGAAAGGUUGUGGUCCUCAGUGAGAAGGUUGAACACAUGAACAUGAGCCCAGCACAGAAUGUACCAGAACAAUACAGCUUCAUUACAACAGAGGAGACCAAUUUCAUAGGCAUACUCAACCACUACUGUCAGAAAACCAAACGGUUUCUUGACUUUAAAUUAGUGGAGAAGAGUGGACCGUCACACAACCCUCAAUUUGUUUAUAAAGUAUUGAUUGACAAGAGAGAAUACCCAGAUGGUUUGGGUAAGACAGCCAAAGAGGCCAAACAACAAGCUGCUCAGUUAGCAUGGUCUGCUCUUCAAGAACAGUCUGACUGGAACAGCCAGGUGUCUUGCAGAUCAACAGUUUCAGAAGAGGGAGGACUAUCCUCUCUAACCCCCUCCAGUACAUGGGAAUCCCAGGAUGCAACACCAUCAUCCCUGAGUAUUGCAGGAAGUACCAGUGAAUCCAUCAUAUUUUCAGACUCCGUUAACGUCAGCUCCCCCAAGCAGGACGAAAGCCCUGUAAAUGUGAAGCCUAAAAUAAGAUUAGCAGCUAACUUCCAGAUGUCACCGGUCAAGACCAAACAGGAAGGUCCCAAUUUAAAAGGCAACGAUCUAGGAACCUUGUCAAGUGGAAGGACAUCCAACCAACCAGUUAUAUCUAGGUUUUCAUCAGAGUUCGAUUCAAUAGAGAAUAUUGGCAAAGGAGGCUUUGGCCACGUUUAUAAGGCGCGACGGAAACUGGAGCAGAAGUAUUUUGCCGUGAAGAUAGUGCGGAGUAAAGGGAAAGCUAAGCGGGAGGUUGGUGCCUUAGCAGACCUUCAGCACCCCAACAUAGUGCGUUACUACACCGCCUGGCUGGAGGACACCGCGUACCGAUGUGACACCGCCUCUGAGAGCGACACCACUUCAGAUUCAGGUAGCAGUUCGUCCUCUGAGUUCCUGUACAUCCAGAUGGAACUAUGUGACAAGAGGACUCUAAAAGUGUGGAUCGACGAGAGGAACGCUCAUCGGAAACCCAAACGCAGGGAGGAGAGUCUAUCCAUCACCCAGCAGAUAGUAAACGGAGUGGAAUACAUCCACUCCAAGAAACUCCUACACAGAGACCUAAAGCCUGCUAACAUCAUGUUUGGUAUGAGUGACGGAGAGGGGAAGGGAGAGGUAAAGAUCGGGGACUUUGGUCUGGUGACGGCAGAAGAUAACGACAACGAUGAAAACCUGCUGGAGAGAACGAAAAAGACAGGAACCGUGUCUUACAUGGCCCCUGAACAGAGGAACCAGACCUCCUAUGACAGAAAGGUGGACAUCUUUGCUUUGGGUCUGAUCUACUUUGAACUGCUCUGGGACCUAUCUGGAAUGGAGAAAGCAAAGGUCUGGAAUGAUGUCAGAAGCCAGAGGUUUCCUCAACAGUUCAACUCACAGUUCACCUUAGAGAACAAGGUGAUAGAGUGGAUGCUGUGUGUGGUUGUGUUACAGAACAAGGUGAUAGAGUGGAUGCUGUGUGUGGUUGUGUUACAGAACAAGGUGAUAGAGUGAAUGCUGUGUGUGGUUGUGUUACAGAACAGGGUGAUAGAGUGGAUACUGUGUGUGGUUGUGUUACAGAACAAGGUGAUAGAGUGGAUGCAGUUGUCACGCCCUGACCUGAGAGAGAGGGUUUGUUUCUCUAUGUGGUUAGGUCAGGGUGUGGGGUGGGCAUUCUAUGUGUUGUAUUUCUUUGUGUUGGGCCGAGUAUGGUUCCUAAUCAGAGGCAGCUGUCUAUCGUUGUCUCUGAUUAGGAAUCAUACUUAGGUAGCCUUUUCCCCACCUGUGUUUGUGGGUUAUUAUUAUUUUCUGUGUGUGUACGCCACAGUUGCGUUACGUUUCUUGCUGUUUACCUGUUUAUUGUUUUGGUUCGGUUUUCUUCAAAUAAAGAUGUGGGAUUACCAGCACGCUGCGCCUUGGCUCAUAUAUGACAGGGAAUUUGAAGACAGAGAACGUGACAGAAUAACCCACCACAAGAAGGCCAAGCAGCGUGCGCUGACUGGGAAGACGAGCUGGACCGGGGAGAAUCAACAACAGAAGCCCGAGAGGCAGCGGCAAAACAUUUUUUGGGGGGGGCACACGGGGAGAUUGGCGAAGUCGGGGUUGAGA